AUGAUUACAGUGAAUUCAGAUGGGAAAAUAAUGGUCAGAAGAUGUCUCGUCACCUUGAGGCCUUUUAGGAUAUUCGUGGUAGGAAUUGGAUUUUUCACUCUCUGCUUCUUAAUGACAUCUCUGGGAGGUCAGUUCUCAGCCAAAAGACUGGGAGACUCUCCGUUCACCAUCAGGACUGAAGUGAUGGGUGCCCUGGAGUCCAGAGGGGUGCUGAGGAAAAUGAGUGAUAUGCUGGAGGUGAUGGUGAAGAGGAUGGAUGUGCUAGCCAGGCUGGAAAAUAGCACGGACUUCAGGAAAGGGGAAGAGGUGCAUUUCCCUACGGACAGGUUAGUACCAGCAGUUGGCUUGAUGGAGAGGAUCCAAGCAAUUGCUCAGAAUGUCUCAGACAUUGCAAUGAAGGUGGAUCAGAUUCUGCGCAACAGCCUCCUAAAUGGGAAACCAGCAGAAGGCAGACGAGACCAGUGUGAGGUGCCCAGGGACCCGAAGUACCCUGAUUGUUCUGGAAAAGUGGAGUGGAUGAGGGCCAGGUGGACGUCAGACCCCUGCUAUGCAUUUUUCGGUGUGGAUGGCACAGAAUGCUCAUUCCUCAUCUACCUCAGCGAAGUAGAGUGGUUUUGUCCUGUGCUGUCUUGGCGGAAUCAGACAGCAGCUACGCCUUCUACAAAGUCACCUCCUAGGGUGCAGGCAGCUUUUCAGAGAGACUUCUCCUACCUCCUGGAGCUGAUUGGCAGUGGCAAAGAGUCUUUGAUCUUCAUGAAGAAAAGGAUCCGGCAUUUGGCCACGCAGUGGCUGAGAGCCUCACAUAAACUGGAACAGAAGCUGGAGGGCAAACAGAGAGAUCAGAAGCAGAUAUUGAUCCACAUUGGCUUCUUGACAGAAGAAUCUGGAGAUGUUUUCAGCCCCCGUGUGUUAAAGGGGGGCCCACUUGGGGAGAUGGUCCAAUGGGCAGAUAUUUUAGCUGUCCUUUUCAUUCUGGGCCAUAGCCUGAAAAUCACAGUCUCUUUGAAAGAGCUCCAGAGUAACUUAGGAGUACCUCCUGGCCGGGGCAAUUGCCCCUUGACGGUCCCUUUGCCUUUUGACCUCAUUUAUACGGACUACCACGGGCUGCAGCAAAUGAAGCAACACAUGGGUCUCUCCUUUAAAAAAUACAGGUGCCGUGUGCGAGUAAUUGACACUUUUGGAACGGAGCCUGCAUACAAUCACGAGGAAUACGCCACCCUGCAUGGGUACCGGACAAACUGGGGCUACUGGAACCUGAAUCCCAAGCAGUUCAUGACAAUGUUUCCUCAUACACCUGACAAUUCCUUCAUGGGUUUUGUGUCUGAGGAGCUCAAUGAGACUGAAAAGCAACUGAUUAAAUCCAACAAAGCUAACAACAUGGCGGUGGUUUAUGGAAAAGAAGCCAGCAUCUGGAAGUUGCAGGGCAAAGAGAAGUUUCUGGCUAUCCUGAACAAGUACAUGGAGAUCCAUGGUACGGUUUACUAUGAAACCCAGCGUCCACCUGAGGUCCCAGCUUUUGUGAAGAACCAUGGCCUUCUGCCGCAACAUGAAUUCCAGCAACUGCUGAGAAAAGCCAAGCUCUUCAUCGGAUUCGGCUUCCCCUAUGAAGGCCCUGCCCCUUUGGAAGCGAUAGCCAAUGGGUGCGCCUUCCUGCAGGCUCGUUUCAAUCCAGCCCACAGCUCACUCAAUCAUGAGUUCUUCAGAGGAAAACCCACAUCGAGAGAAGUUUCCUCCCAGCACCCUUAUGCAGAGGAUUUCAUUGGGAAACCCCACGUGUGGACAGUGGACUAUAAUAAUUCAGAAGAAUUUGAAUCUGCUAUCAAAGCCAUUAUGAGGACCAAGGUUGAUCCUUACCUGCCCUAUGAGUACACAUCUGAAGGAAUGCUGGAACGAAUUCAUGCCUACAUUCAGUACCAGGACUUCUGUACCUUACCUGCUCUGCCAGAGAAGCCCAAGGGCCACACUAUGCAAAGCUCUACAAGCCCAUUCAGCCUGCAGCCCAACGCCACUUACCUCGCAUGGUCUCUCAACUCCAGCAGCAGCCCCCCCGUUUGGCCCCCAGUAAACUCCAUGCAGGUGUGGAUCUCAGACACGGGGCAGGCAUGCACCAGUGCCUGUCAGCAGCAUGGCUUGGUCUGCGAGCCAGAGUUUUUCAAGUUCAUCAACAGGAAAGAGGUGUUUCAGCAACUCAACAUUGUCUGCGACAGCACCGAGUCCGAGAUGAAUCACCUCUACCCGGCCGUGGCUGAAAACGUCCGGGAGUGCUAUCUCCAGAAGGAGCCCCUCUUGUUCAGCUGCGCAGGCUGCAAUACCAAGUAUCAGCGCCUUUGCCCGUGUCGCGAUUACCGGAAAGGACAAGUGGCCCUCUGCAGGGACUGUUUGUGA